AUGGGCAGCUACAGCACAGCACAACAGACGACAACCAAAUUAGCUCUUCAACUCGCGGACACCAGCUGCCUGCCCCCACCAAAAGUAGCACCUACUGCUGCAGAAGUCGUGCUUGAGCCUGGAGCACACCACGUGCACGUCCUUCGCGUCGAUCCACGCGCUCUGCAGUGUCGGGUGGAAGAUCCGGACCCUCCCCCCGCGCACCUCCAUCAUGCAGUAGAGGAGAUUGACGCUCUGCACGGGUCCAAGGCUUUGCGCCGUCUCCUUCGACUCAUCGAACAGCAGCGCGGCCGGGUCCGUCACCUCGCAGCAGCCGCAGAAGUCCGUCGUCUCCCAGGGCGCCAGCAGCGGCGUCCCGUCGGGCAGCGAGGCCAUCAUGAAUCCUCCCUCGGUCUCGCCCGACGCCGCGUCCUGGGACGGCGCAAGCAGGAUCGCUCCUGCUGGAAGGAAGGCGAGAGAAGGAGGGAGCUCGAGAAAUCCAGCGAGACAGACAGAAGGCAAUCGGCGCGGCAGGAGGAGGGAGCGCAGGCUGCCAUGGAGAUGAAGCGCGUGCUCGCGCGCUUCAUGGUGCACAAGGUGGGCAGCUUCGUGGUGAAGGAGCGCGUGCUGUGCUUUGGGGAGUACUCGUUCUCCACGGUGGACCGCGAGAACCAGCACGUGACCAACACGUGGCCCUACGAGGACGUGGACGGCGCCAACGUGCUGGAGGGCGAGACGGACUUCGUCAUCCACACGCCGCGCCACCGCAUCAAGAAGACGGUGUUCCGCUGUCACUUCCGCAUGGAGGUGCUCGUGUGCCUCAUGCGGCUGCGCAGCCAGCACUACGCCAAGAUGCCCAAUGCUCGGCCUACGCCGCCAGAGCUGCAGACGCAUACGUUCCAGAGUCUCAAGUACCACAAGAGCGGCGUGCAGUCGAAGUGUGUGGUGGAGAUCCGUCCGGACGGCAUUUACCAGAAAGAUACCGAGGGAGACCUCAUGAGCCACAUCCCGUACACGAGUCUGGUCUCUAUCGACCUCAUCUGUGACGACCAUGAGGCUAUUGCGCUGAACCACUCGGACAACUCCAGUCUCUUCAUUGUGCCUCGACGCACGGAGCUGGCGCAAGCGAUCAACAGAGUCAUGAAGGCCUACGGAAUGCAGAUCAACGAGUACCGCAAGAAAACAGUGGAAGCAGCGCUGAAAGACGACGGCAAAACUUCCUUGGCGACCAGUGUGUCGUUUGAAUACCAAGUGCUGAAGGUUUCGCAGUUGAACGAAUCGACUGCUGCUCCGAGGACACUGUCGGUUUCGGAAAAGUACAUUACGGAGUAUGCGGACGCGAAGACAGUAAUCUCCAGUCGCCCUCUGUCGCGUAUUUACAGUCUAAUCAUGUACCAAGACACGCUACAGGCGUUUGAGGUCGUCUACGUGGAUGGUGUCAAGCGCAAGUACUAUUCUGCCCAGCGCGAGAAGAUUGUGUGUGAGCUGUUGGCGUCGUGUCACGCGCUGGGGAACUACCAGGUGGAUGUGGAGAUGAGCGAAGUUUCAGACUGGGUGCGCAUGAUUCCGCGUAAGAUCAUUUUGCAAGAAGGCAAUAAGAUCGCGAAUAUUGUGCCGAACGUUAACGUGAUGGAUCGUGAGCUCCGAGUCGCGCAGUCGAAUAUCCUCCAGCUACUGGCGGUGCUCGGCAAUCGUAAGACUGCGCGAACGCAACUGCAACUUCCUCGUGGUCUUGAUGAAGAGAUGCACUCUUUGGCAGUGGAGCUUAAUGUCAAUACGCCGACUUCCGGAGUGAUCGCACAACCGAACAAACCGUACGAAAAGGUUUUGUAUGUGCUUGCUCGGGAGCUGUAUGACAUUGUCAAUCGUCACGGUGCAGCGCAUGAUUUUGUGGGCACCUAUCUGCAAUCUAUUUACCGUCUGACGCUCGCGCCUCCUGCAAUAAACGAAUUCAUGCAAAUUCUGACUGAGCGUGGAGACGAGUAUCUUGGUAUGAUAUCGAAGAUUCUGGUUAGCAAGAACUCGGUUGCAAUUUAUUGGAUGUUCAUGGUGCUGAGCCGGCUCAUGGAGUCAAAGGCACACAAGCUUCAGUGUCGACAGCUCUUGCUGUCCAACAGUCUCUUCAUGAUGACGCUACUAUCCAUGCUGGAUGAAGACACUCAUACGGGAUAUUUCCUCUCUGACCUGCCGACGAUGAAGCUGUGUCAAUUUAUUCUGUUGCUGGUGAAGGCGAACGUUGAAAAACAGCGGAAACUUUCUGAGACGCUGUACCAGCACCUGGCAACUAAGUACCGAAUGAUGCUCCGAAUCCUUUUCAGCUUUCCAGGCUUGGCAACUGUUGAGGCGUGCGUGGGUAUUUUGAGCCGGAUGACGAAGAACCCGGCCUUUUUACACUUCGGUAACAUGGGGUCGCCGCUUCGAUCAAAUGACGGUCAAGUCCCUCGCCAAACACUUAGUUUUGGGGAAACGCUCAAUUUUGUCCCCAGCAGCCAGCGUGGAGCACCGGUACUGUCUUCUCGUCACAAUAUCUACUCGUCCAGAAGGAACAUUUUCUCGUCGAGCCGCAACAACACGUUAUCGUCGGCAGGGUCUUCAUCGAGUGGUACUGCUGGGGCUGGAUCAAAUGUGGUAGUGGUCCAGAAUCCAGAAGUGCUUCUUCGGCAAUACCGGCAAUUUCUCGAGGCGGCGUGUGGCGCUCUGAAGAUGGGGAUUGAUCAGUAUGAUGACCCCGUAUUCUUGCGACUCCGUUACCGAUGCCGCAAUAUUUUCUUGCAGGAGCUGAUGAGUCAUUUGGUGGGCAACUUUGAGGAAUUCAAGCGUGUGUACAGCGUUGACUGCUGUCAGUUCAGUGGCUUUAUUGGCACUGCAGAUGGCCAACGAGAAAAGACCAAUUUUUAUCUAACGCCCCGUGCUCUGAUUGCUGUCCAAGUAGUGGGGCGUCAUACGCGUGAAAUUGAGUACCGCACGAUUGAGGAGGUCACUCGAGCAACAACAAUACCAGACGCGUUCAUACUCACGGCAAAAAAGAAGCUGAAGUUCAUCUACUCCGAUCAAAGCAGCGAUAUCGUGGAGAAAAUGAGGGCUCUGGCUGGAGUUAUUGGCAUCCACCUUCGGUUUACAACACGAGACAAGCUUCCAAAACAGCAUGUCGAAACGCCAAUGGAUCACUCCGCUUUUCAGUCAAACGAUUUGUUUGAUGUUCAAAGACGGACGGGCAGGCACGGAUCAACGCGUUUGCGAAAGAAAAAACUUUGCUUCGUUGAUGGCACCAUUGAAGAGUUCUCAAAUUCUUCAAAGAAGAUAUACGAUCUGAAGGAUUUGCGACGUGUAGUGAUACCAGGACUGGGGAGUGACGAUACUCAAGCGAUGGUUGCAUUGGAGUUUUCAGACUGUAGUCGCGUCGUGUAUGUGCCUUACGACGUGGAAAAGUUUUUGGCGGCACUAUACGACGGAUAUCGCUACGUGGAUAACUUGGAUGUUUCGUUGAGCAGAGAGUUCCCAAAAUUGAACCCAAGAAUGUCCGCUCGGGCUCUGCUGAAGGAUGAACAUGAGCGCUUUCUCUACCUAAACAGUGACGGACUGUACAUUCCCACUCACACGGUCCUGGAAAAGGAGAUUGAAACCAUGACUGGGGAAGGCGUGAGUAUCACAUCGGCCACAAAUCGGGUUACUUUUGCUCUGGAAAGCUUGAACAUGAACGUUGAAAUGGAGGAUUUCGCGGGGAAAUUAAUGCGUGGGCGUUUGGAAAAGCUGUCGUACGGCUCCCUCCUCCGCGGAUUGAAUAAUCUGCUCGAGCAUUCGUGCAAGCCUCCGAUUCGGGCAAACGAGAUCUGUGUCAUUUUGGAAGCUUUUUGUCGUAUAAAUGACGGGUGCUACCGAAUUGCGAUGGAACAGUCGAACGGUGGUGCUAUGGUUCUGGUUCCAACGCUGGCUCAGAUACUUGUAUCGGGGGACCCUAUCGCAACAGUGUGGGCUGUUAACGCGUUGCAUUCACUGGUUGCCGAUAAAUCACGAUCAAAUGCUCACCGUUCUGCCGAGAAAGCUAUUCGAUAUCAAGUCUUCGAGCACAAAAAGCUGAUUUCACUACUGACUGACCUUCUGGAGCAACGCAACCCAAGCUCUACGCUUGUCGUGCUGCAAUUGGUACUUGAUGUGCUGGUCGUAUCUCGCCACAGCACCGAUAACAAUCACUUCGAUGCCAUCGUGAAGGCUUUGGGAGGGAAAUAUGCACUACUACUGGAGCUUGCGUCGCAAAAUAUGAUCGCAGGGUUGUCUGCGGCUGUUAUUUGUGUCUUAAAGGUGAUUGUUGAUCACGGCGAUCACAAAGUUCGACGACGCAUUUGUGAUCUGGCUCUGGAUUCUGGGCUGACUAUAAAGCAUCUGCACAAGGCGUUUUUUCACCCUUCCGAUAAUGCAAAGGAGACCUAUCAAUACAUUGCAAGUAUCUGGGUAACUCAUCACAAGGCCUCUCAUGAAAUGCUAGUGAGGAUCCUUCCCCAUGGUUUCAUUCGAAUGAUUUCGAGUCCGAUGGUACGGAAAUUGUUGAAAAAGCAACGAGCUCGGCAAACGGAGUCUGUGCGGCGGCAAACCCGGCUUCAGCUCCAGAAACAGGUCGAUGGUUCAGAAUGGUUCAUUCGUCGCAUGCAGCUCCAAAUCGGAACACUGUUUGCUAGUGGUUCUGUCAAAGAAGCUCGAGUCAAGGAAGAUGCUUCGCGUAUGAAUUAUCCUGGUGAGUCAUCGACAGAUAUGGCUCUUCUAUCCAGUAUGGUCGGUAAGGAUUUUUUGCUGCCCGACUUGAUUUGGAACGAAGUGACGCGAGCUGAAUUAAAGACUGCUCUUAAAUCGGCGAUUGACGAGUUCGACCAAUUUAAAACUAACCAAGCAGCUGCGUUCUCCUUGGCGGUAUCUCGAAAAGGAAGCAGUGAACCUAAGUGGAAUCACGCGCAGUUUUCUGUGAGGUACGAGAGCAUUGCUCAAGAGCUUCAAGUUGACCGAUUCUACCUGCGCGUUAUCACGGAAAGGAUAAACGAUGGAUCGUUGCAGUUGACGGAAGUUGCCCAAACUGUCCGUUCAAUCGAUGCAGGAACACAUCGUGGAAAGCUGAAAAAUUCUAGCAGCCUCUUUUUUGCCAGCAUGGAUAUUGCCAAGGACCCAGCGAAGUUUUUUAGCGAGGUCUAUCAGUGUUGGCUGGAGCAUCUCCACCUGAAUAAUAUCCCGCUAUCAGGAACAAACGAUUGGUCUGCUAGUGGAAGCAAUGGCCUUCCACAGUUUCAUGGGGGAACAGGAAACGAGCAGCAUGGUCAUUCCAUGCUGAAAAUCCUGAUUGAGCUCGCUCACGUAUUUCCUGAGGUCCGGCCAAUUACAAAACACCGAGCUAGGUUCCUCACCGAGUUGCUGCGAAAUUCGUACCUGGCGAGUGAGAUCCAAGACAUCGUCGAGCUAAUGUCCGGAUUAAGCUUGUCUGGUGACGCUUGUGCUGAGUUGUGUACAAAGAACCACAUCCAAGUGUUACUGUAUAUGUCCGUGCUGGCGCACCGGUGCCAGACACCAGCUUUAAGAAGUGGCGUGCUGGACGAUUCUGGUGAUAUACCGAUGAUGGACUCGCUUAACGUGUCGGAGGCUGAUGAAACCUCCUCGGUGCCGAUAGCAGAACUUUCCCUCUACAACGAGACGAGGUUUGCUUUAAAAUGGAGCAUCAGGUUGAAGGCAGUUGGGGAAACGGAAGACGGAAGUGUGGUUAAAGGCCCGUUUUCAGCAAACGGGUUGAAAGAAUAUUUGGAUGCUGACCCGUUCAUUCGACAUCGGCAAAUUGACGCUCUGUAUAUUUGUUGCUGCUCUACGCAUGAUCAUGACGAGCACAUAUGGAAGUCGAUGUUUGAAUUUCCGGAGCUGCGUUGGAUGGAACUUACGGACGAGCCUAUUGACACAAGCUGUGCAGCGUUCGCCUUGAAGACUUUGCGGAACUUCAUGAUUAAAGAUCAGCGCUCAGUAUGUGCUGGAAACACAAAUCUGUGGCCGCCCGCUUUGGUCAAUACUAUUGUGGCUAACACGUCCUCGUUAGCCUUGCUUGUUCAGCAACUGGUGGUAAAUGAGCCUAACGUUCGCCGAUAUGUCUGCGAAAUGCUAAUGUCUCUGAGCAAUGAAGAAUUACAAGAGCUAUACCAGUACGGAGCCUUCUAUUUCAUUCUGUCAACGGCUGCAAAUACGAGAGGGUCCGAGAAGGUACCUGCUUUCGUCCCGGAGGCAACACUACUCAAAAGGAUUCAUCGUUCUCAAAGUUCAUCUGAGCGGUUCGCCGGCCAGAGUUAUUUAACGGACAUACUUCCUGAAUCUCUCAUCAGUUUCCUGGACUCGGAAACACCUGAGCAAUUUGCAGAUGUGUACUGCGGUCGCAAGCACGACAAACGUGCGCUGUGGUCCUCGCCAAUGAGGUUACACUUACAAGAGAUGAUGGAUGAGCACCUGCAGGAGUUCAAAGAUAGCUUGAAGACAACUGUUGCAGCAAGGUACGAGUACACGCCGAUUCCUCCUAUUUCGUACCUCGAGUUGUCUGGCGAUGUUUAUUGCAGCGGUUUCUAUCUGUCUACAUUCAACCAGUCGAAUUCAGAGGCUGAAGAGGUGGACGAUCCCGUUUACCUGAUGAAAAGUAUUGAGGAAAAGUGGCGAUAUUUAGCACGGCGCCAAGCGGAUGGUUUGGAUGACGAUAUGGAUCACUCGGAUGCGUACAAAGUAUUUGGCUGGAGUGAAGAUACAACGUACUCGUCGUCUGCUUUGCGCUCGCGUUAUCGGGAAUUGUGCCAUCAAGAUAUCGAAGUUGCGACAGUUCGCCAUGCGUUCGACUCGCUUUCUGCUGCGCUUGAGCACAAAAACAAAGCUAAUGGUGAGCGAUCGUCGGACGAAGUUAUCGAGCGUAUUUUGAAAGCGCAACUACAGUUGCUUGAAAAGUUCGGCUAUCAAUUCUUUUCGUUCGAGUCUUCGACACUUGACCUGCUCGUUCGCGUGCUAUCAUCUCGAUCGGAACGCGAGUCCAAAUUUCGAGGUAUUGCACGAAAAGUGCUGCAACAGCUGCUCUCUGUUGCACCGCAGAAUGGCCCGCUGGUGGUAAAAAUUGAAGAUUGCUGGAAUACCAUUCUCGAUUUAGUGGAAAGCUGCGCAUCAGGCCACGACGUGGAAGAGAAGGAGAGCAUGUUCUUCAUCUUGAAACUUAUUCUCGAAUCCGAAGAAGGGGUGGAAUCACUUAUGGAAAGAAAUCGCAGUACGUCCAGCGAGGUGCCACCAUCGAAAGCAUUUGACUUUAACAGUUUUGGGGAUGAUGACAACAACUCAUUCUUUACGGCGACAGAGUACCCAUCCCAGAACGGAGGAAGCAAACUCAAGUAUGCCCAGCGUGUGUACUCCUUGCUAGAUGAUGUUAUUCUUUCAUUCGAGAACAUCCAACCGUGGCGUAUUCAGAAAAUGUCAUUUGAAAUCGCGUCGUCCCUUUGCAGAAGUCCUGAAUUGCAAGAGCAAAUUAUGCAUGCUACGCGUGUUUUUUGGAAAGGUCUCUAUUUGAUCCUGGCAUCCGCAGAGAGUUCGUCUGGAAUUGAUACGACCCAGGAGAGUACGACUGCUUUGGAAAAACAAGAGCGUGAGAUGUUGGAGAGCGCAUUCGGAGUACUUCGCUCGCUUGCAUUGGGUCCCGAUGGUAAUCGCCGAUCAGCAGGACUUGAUGCCUUGGCGAAUCUGCUGCCAAUAAGCUUCUUGGAGCUUCUUGCAAAGCCUGAUGGACGCGACUUUUGUGAUGUCUUGCUUUCGGAUAUUUGCGAGCCAACUUGCAUUUGGAACGAAAACACGCGGCACGAGCUCUCGCAGAAGCUAACGGAUGAAUUUUACAUGGACCCAGGCAUCGAUGGUUUUUCAAUUUUGGAGAGCGUUACGAAUUACUCGUACGAGUGUCUAAGCUCUGAGCCGUCGGUUGGGGGAGUCUAUCUGCAAAUUCUACUGGAGAAGUCAGUGGAGGAUCCACAGGCAAUCACCGAAGAUGCAUUGUAUCCGAUUACUGCCGUCGAGUUCGUGUCACAGCUGUUCUUAUUUUUGAACGAGAACAGAGACCCCAGUAUUGCGAUUUAUUCCGACACGCUACCUGCUCUAGACUGUUUGAGUCUUCUAUGUGAUUUACCGGCCUUUCGGCCCGCCAUAGUGGAAUGUCUGGAGCAGCACAUUGAUGAUGUGGAUCCUGUGAACGCCUCAAUAUCAGUUGCAACGCUUGGACGAUAUCUGCUGCCCUUCACCGGUGACGACAAAUCAAAGGCCAUGUCGAUAUCGUCUCGUCGAUCUUUGUCGACGUAUGGCUUCAAAGCAAAGCAAUCGUCCGACGAUAUUUCGUCAGAUAUGGAAGAUGAAUUUGGUAAUGUGGACUAUCUGAACCGCCAGGAACUCGCGCUGCUGAUCCUGAACAAAAUUUGCGGUUUUGAGUGCAAUUUGGAGCGUAUGCUUGCACCUUUCUGCCAGUUUACGUGGUGUCUCCAAGUGAUCACCGACCAUCUCGCGUACGAACAAGCAUUCUAUGCGUUAUCCUGUUUAGCUGAGCUGUGUGAUACUUGCCUCGUGAUCGCCGAGUACGUACACAUCAGCGGACUCUGGGUCGAGAUAUUAGGUAUCGCACUUCAGUCAAGGCAGCAUGUUCUCCACGAACAAUUCCUCCGCGCUGAAGCUCUACGGGAGCCUGCUUUCGAGGUUUUGUACGCGUUGUUGACGAAGGACAUUGAUUUGCGAGAGAAGAUGUACAGCGGACUCUGUCGGUUUCUUCCGUAUCCAAUCGUGUACCAAAUUCACUUGGAUCCGAACAAGGCGACGAGGUUCUUCGACGACAAUCACGAAAAGAGCGACUUGAUUUGGAACUCUCACAGACGAACCGAAGUGCGUAAGAAACUCGACGAAAUCAUUUGCAGGAAUCGGAUGGAGCGAUCUGUAGCAAAGCGAGAUUCCGUUCUACUUGACGACGAGACUGAUAUUAUCCCGUUACCGCACAACUUUGUGGCUGGCCUCUAUAUCGAUCGCUUCUUGUCACGGCCGGAUCCAGAAAAGUUGACAAACCCUGCCUACAACCUGGAGCUACUUUUCCAGCUUUGGAGGACUCAAUUACACCUUCUCAUGGGUUUUGAUCUGCAAAAUCCUGCCGAUAAUCUGAAGAAGACAGCUGAUGAAAUCGACAAGUACACCAUGGCGAUUACCCACAUUUUGCGGGCGUCUCUUGAUAUCGACGAGAGCAUCGCUGACAAUCGCAUGCCAGAGCAGAUUGUGAAACUGGUGCGCUACUGCAAUCAACACUUGAUCAUAAGUUUUCCGUACCGUUCCGUUUUGCGUAUCGCCCGGCGCUUGGUGCAGUUCCCGGAGAUCACCUCGAAAGAUUUUGUGGAGUUGCUCAUCUGUCGAAUCACGAUGCAGCAUCCAGACAUACCGCCGUUGCUGAAGGUACUACGUCGUGUCCUGGAAGCACGCAACACAGCACUAACAGAGAGCGGUACGAAAGACGAGCCUGAGUAUUGGCUAAAAGACCUCAAGUACUACCCGCAAAUGCUCGCGUUCUUGGAAGGACUAGUGGAAAACAAAGAGCAGGUUGAAGCACCUCUUCUUUCCAACGUGAAUCGUGUGCUGCGAAUUAUUCACGCUGAGGAGCCCAAGGAAACUCAUCUGAAGCAGAUAUCGAGAAGCUUUAUGGGUCGUUGGCACAACUUCACGUUGGAAAGUAGACCUUCGCUAGUCCGCAACUCAACGAAGAUUGGGCAGCCGCAAUCAAAGCAACCCGUGGGAACAACGCCAACAAACAUUGCAUCAACCAACCCGGACAUUCUGAGUACGCAAAGCUUCGAUGUGGAUCAAGCGAGGGAGCGGCCCUCGGCUAUGGUUGCCAGUACCCAAAGUUUUGAUGUGGACCACGAGCGUGAGCCUUCCAUCCGCGUCGACAUCAAAGCUAUGCCCGACGAGCGCGAGGUUGACAUUGACGCCACGUUUAUCCAAGCGCCUCCAAAGAGCAUCAACUUUACGGACGGAGCCCUCGAAGUUGGAGACGCUGUGGCACCCCGCAGUUUCCGGUACAAGGGCGAAGGUGCGCAUCACUCACCCUUGCCGUCUCCUACAUCGGUUCGCUACUCGACGCUCGGAGCUCAUUACGAGCCGAUCAAUUCGCAGUACCACUCGAAGAAAGCAGCGGAGUACGACGAGCAUGAAGACGAUGAAGAUAUCUUCGCUACGCGGCCGCGUCGUGGCAGCUUGCCGAUGAAGCCAGACGAUGUCGACGUGAAAAAGGUCAACGGGUUACCUUCUGCUGUGGGCAAUAUCCCUAUGAGUAGCAUCAACCCCACCUACUCCCAGGCUCCAUCAACCCGACGACCGACGCAAGGGAAUGGCGAAGUGCCUUCGGAGACGACCACGUGCUUGAGUCGGCAGAGCGGAACAAGUGGUGUGCCUUCUGAGCGACGAUAUUCGCUGCUGGACUCCUGGAAGCCGCCGAGUUCAGCUGCGCCAAACUCGUCGCUCACGUCGCUCACCAUUUCCCGACGAGGCCGCCGAGCCGCUGCCAUUUACAGCCGCCACAAGUCCAAGGGCCGGAAGAAGUGGUUCAACAGAUAG